AUGGCGGCAAAUACCGACUACGCGGUUGGCCCAGAUGAGCUCGCACUCCUCCAAGCAGAGACAGGCAUCCACGAUGAAACGGAGCUCAAGGAACAUGUCCUCGCCAUCCAGCAACAGGCAUUGACAGUUUACGACUACCCUUGCAUUCGUCGCUUUGGAUUUGUUCGACUUAAGAUCUCCAAAAACAAACCGGCCUAUGAGCAUGUCCUCCAGCUCGCACGCUUGCGACCAAAUUCCAUCCUACUCGAACUCGGUUGUUGUUGCGGCACGGAUUUGCGCAAAAUUGUGCGCGAUGGCUGGGCUCCAUCCGAUAUCGUUGCCAGCGACUUGCAUCCAGAAUAUUGGAGUAUCGGCCACAAGCUCUUCAAAUCAACACCGGAAUCAUUCCCGGUCACCUUUCUCGCAGGCGAUGCGUUCGACGACGCCUUUCUCAGCACCAAGCCGUUGCAAACAGGUGCAACCCCCCAACUUGACACUAUAUCCUCUCUCAACGAGCUCCGCGGCCAUGUCUCGGUAAUCCACACCGCCUCCCUCUUUCACCUGUUCGGGGAGGCGCAACAACUCGAGCUUGCGCGUCGGCUCGCAGGGCUGCUGUCGCUUGAGUCCGGCUCAAUUAUCUUUGGAUGUCAUGCAGGACUCCCUUCGCAAGGGUUCACACAAGCAUCCGACAACAAGCCUAUGUUCUGCCAUUCGCCCACGACAUGGUGUGCUCUGUGGGAUGGCACCGUCUUUGAGCAGGGUAUGGUGGAGGCUCGAGCGGUACUCAAGUCAUUGGGCAAGGUUCUGAAUGAGGAGACUGAUUUUUAUCUGAUGUUCUGGUCUGUGAAGAGAUUGUAG